AUGAAAUUGUAUUAAAUAGAAAGUGAAUUUUUAGUUAAUCUUAAAGAAAAACAAGGAUAGUUGGAAAGAUUUUAAAAGUCAAAUGAAAAGAAUGAAGAAAUAGUUAAAUAAUUAUAACAAACUUUGGUAUAAGUAAAUUUAAAUUUGAAGUAGGAAUAGUAAUUCUCUUAAUAAUUGACAUUCUCAACAACUUAUAAACAUAAUAAUUGUUAAGUAACUUAAAAUGGAAAAGUUAUUGACAAUAAUUCUGGUUCUUGGUAUUGUUGUAUGUGUGAUUAAAUGAUUCCUAAGAAUGGUAUCAUUUUAUUUGCUUUUAAAAUUAUUGAAAUUACUUAUAUUAUGAUUGGAAUUGGUUUUAGAGAUAUUAUGUAGAGUAAGGGUUAUUACAAUUGUUAUUCUAUUGGAGGAGGGUAUGUAUUAUGAUAUUAAUAGUUUAUAAAUAGAACAUAUAAUAUAUAUUCUUCUGGUCAUUGUUAUAAUCAUGAUUAAUAAGAUAAAAAUAAUAAAUAGAUAGCAUUUGAAUUUUCAACAAAUGAUAUAAUAAUAGUUGAAGUGGAUAUAUAAAAGAAAUACAUAAAAUGGACAAAAUAAUCCACAAAUCAAUCAUUUGUAUUAAUAUCAAAUUAUUAUUAUUAGACUCUGACUAUUGAUACAUCCAAAGAUUUAUAUCCAUGUGUACAUUUAUAUAACAAAUGUAAAAUAGAGAUAUUAAAUUAAUUAUUUAAAUGA